AUGUCGUCCACCCCCCCGAAGAAGGAGGGCGUGGAACCAAGCGCUCAGUCGCCUGACGAUUCGGAGCCGCAUAUGGACAGAGAAGCUCAGGAAACACAAGCGCAGGGACUCGGGUACGAGUUCGAAGUCAAGGAGCAAGACCGAUGGCUUCCAAUCGCCAAUGUCGCGCGCAUCAUGAAGCUCGCUUUGCCCGAAAAUGCCAAAAUAGCCAAGGAGGCAAAGGAAUGCAUGCAGGAAUGCGUGAGCGAGUUCAUCUCCUUCAUCACCAGCGAAGCCUCCGAAAAGUGCCAGCAGGAAAAGCGCAAAACUGUCAACGGCGAGGACAUCCUUUUCGCCAUGACUUCGCUUGGUUUCGAGAACUACUCGGAAGCAUUGAAGAUUUAUCUCUCACGGUAUCGCGAGGUAAGCUGCCACAAUUCCCUUCGCCCCUGUUUUUUCCUUUGUUGCCUCAUUUUGGCGAAGACAUUUAUCUGA